AUGGUGAUAGCAUCCGGAGCUGUUGACAGGAGCCACCUGUCCCCGUUUGCUCCCCUGUCAGAAUCGCCAUCUUCAUCAUUCUUCUCCCAGGAUCUCGUCCCCACUGAGAGGCAAGUUGGAUUCUGGAAAUCAUCAGAGUCAAUGGUCAAUCACAAAGGGAGCAAGCCUACUUUCACUUCUCCACUUGAUAAGGUCCAUCCCAUGGGCUCAAGUCCUGCAGCUGGUCUGGAACAUCAACGAGGUCAAGCCUUCGAGGGGCACCUGGGCAUGCUUAACCUGGGUAAUUUGGUGGGCCAACAAGAAAAUGCUCCCGGCAUACCAUCAAUUUCUUGGGGCGAUGUCCUCAGUAGCUCCAGGUCCAGUCUUGGCUUGUCUACAGGAGGGACAGCUUUUGUUGAACCAACUAGUGCUGAUCAACAUGUGCAUGACUACAGAGACUGCCCUUCAUCCAGCUCCUACACCGAAGUCUUCAGUAGCAAAUCAGCAAGAUUGAUGGCAAGUGGCGUUUAUGGUCAAUCAGCUGAUGCAAAUGAUUCUGGUUGUGAGGGAGAUGAACCUCUAGGGUCCAUGAAAGAAAUGGAAGCUCAAACUAUUGGAGAUCUCCUUCCCGAUGACGAUGACUUGAUAUCGGGAAUUAUUGAUGGCUUCGAAUACACUGGCUUGUCUAACCAGGAUGAUGCUGAUGAAGAUAUAUUCUACACUGGAGGAGGUUUGGAGCUAGAGCAUGAUGAUUCCAACAAUGUCGACAAAUUUCGUGAAGUGUCCUUCAAGAGUCAACUUUCUGGCGAUGUCAAGGAGAUUUACAAUGCUCCUACAAGCUGCAAUAAGAAAUUUGUAGAAUUCUAUGAUACCAGAGCAGCACAAGAAGCGCUGAAUGACCUCAACAACGGUGACAUGUCAUGCUCACAAAUCAAGGUUGACCAUAGCCGUUCUGGAGGAGCAGGAUCUUGCUUCACAGAGCAAUGUUCUGGAGAACAGAAGCAAAAUGCCGUAGCUCACCAACUUAAGAACUCUCCACUUGGGACCAUUGGGAAGUUAGACCCUAAAAGUUGGGAGAGCAGCACUGUUCGUAAUUUAUAUUCUCCAGUUAGACCACAACACGAUAAAUCACAACAUGGCUUCUCUGUGAAUGCUCCUCAGAAGUUAUCAUCGCCUAUCAGAAUUGAAUCUACACGGCAGCACAGUAAUCAAACUGCUCUUGGUGAACCUAGUGGAUCGCUUGGUCAUGGCAACUUUGGAGGUGGACUGCAAGCCUUCCACCCACACUCACUGCCAGAGCGCCAUAAUGGUAUUUGCAAUGGCUCUAACUCCAUGACAUUAAAUGCAAGGAAUUCUAACUUCAGAUUAACUGAAGGAAUGGACUACAAUAAUCACAAAGUUGACCACAGUGACCUUCAUGGUCAUUCCUCUGAUCAAAAUGAAGCAUUUAGAGUUACUGGAAUUGGAAGUUGCCCCCUUCAUGGACAUCACUAUACCUGGAGUAACUCAAAUGGUUUUCCUCAAAGCCCCUCUGCUCCAAUGCUGUGGUCUAACUUUCAGCAACCAGUGCAUAUGCAUUGUUACCCUGCUAUGCCUCAUGUGCGGCGCACUGCUGCCCAUCCUAUGGACCAACAUCACUUGGGUUCAGCUCCAAACAGUGUUGGUGGUUUUGCAAAUGCACUCUCUUUUCAUCCAGGAUCCCUUGAAAGUGUAGGGUUUCCUGGCAGCCCUCAGCUGUAUCCAUCAGAUCUCUCUGUAUUUGCAUCUGCCAGAGGAAAUUACAGGGAGACCAUGUUCUCCCCCGUAAGUGCUGGAUUUCCAUCGAUUCAACAGUUUUUUCAUGCGGCCAACGGAAGGAAUCCUAUGGUGCAUGUUUCCACCUCAUAUGAUGCCACUAAUGAUUGGAUAAGGAGCCGCAGGCAUGAUGGAAAUGCUGCCCAGUCUGAAAACAAGAAGCAGUUUGAGCUGGACCUUGACCGCAUAGCUAAGGGUGAAGACUCGCGCACCACACUGAUGAUAAAAAACAUUCCUAACAAGUACAACUGUAAGCUGCUUUUGGCUGUCAUUGAUGAGAAUCACCGAGGAACCUAUGAUUUCAUCUACCUUCCAAUUGAUUUUAAGAACAAAUGUAACGUGGGCUAUGCUUUCAUCAAUAUGACAGAUCCACAGUACAUAAUUCCAUUUUACAAGACAUUCAACGGCAAGAAAUGGGAGAAGUUCAAUAGUGAGAAAGUGGCAUCACUUGCAUACGCCAGAAUCCAGGGAAGGAAUGCUUUGAUUGCUCAUUUUCAGAAUUCUAGCCUGAUGAAUGAAGAGAAAUGGUGCCGUCCUAUGCUUUUCCACAAAGAUGGUCCACAUGCAGGAGAUCAGAGUUGCACACGUACUUAUCAGGAGCCAUUCCCUGUGGGUAACAAUGUCCGUUCUCGGUCUGGGAGAAACAGACCACUCACUGGUUCAGAGACUACUAAAGAGGGAAGUCCAUCAACCUCUCCUAACUAA